GCCACCUCUGCGUUCAUUGGCUGCCAAAGCUGGAAAAGCUGAUCGAAAAGACCUUCGACGAUGGGCCUCAUGAGAAGUUCCGCAUCUUCUUGUCCUCGUCGCCGACUCCCAAGUUCCCGAUCCAGCUCCUCCAGAACUGCAUCAAGAUGACUACGGAACCGCCCAAGGGUUUGAAGGCAAACCUCGUGCGGCUGCUUCAGAACACCGCUGAGGAGAGCUACAAUCGGGUCAAGGAGGUCCAGAAGUAUCGCCGGCUCUUCUUCUCUCUUUGUUGGUUCCACGCGAUUCUGCUGGAGCGCAAGAAGUUCAAGAUGCUGGGAUGGAACAUCGGCUACGAUUUCAACGACUCGGACUUCGACAUCUGCGAAAACAUUCUGGCGAUGUACCUGGACGAGAAUCCGAACGAGAUUCCCUGGGAUGCCAUCCGCUACCUCAUCGCCGAGGCCAACUACGGUGGUCGAGUCACGGAGCAUCCGGACAACCGCAUCCUCAGGUCUUAUGUUAAUGAGUUCUUCUGUCCGGCGGCCUUGCAGCCGAAGUUCCAGCUGUCCGCGCUGCCCACGUACUUCAUCCCGGAGGAUGGCAGCCUCCACAGCUAUCGCCAGUAUGUACAAGGACUUCCUCUCAGCGAGCCACCUGAGGCCUUCGGCCAGCACACGAAUGCCGAGAUUUCCUCCUCCUUAGCCGACACGGACACGCUGAUGCAAACCAUGAUCGAGGUCCGUGGUGGAGGUGGCGGCUCUGCCGGAG